AAUGGGUCGAGGAGAUAGAAAGGAUUACGAUGAUUUAGCUAAUUCAUUUGGUAACUUAAGAGAGAAUUGCGUUAGACAAAGAUCCAAUCUAGCACCUACCCCGGGAAACGUAAAGAACAUUUGUGUGGGAUUAAUUAUAUCAAUCAUUGAAUAUAUACUGCCUUGUCCGUUUACUUAUAAGGAACAUAAAAUAGCUUUAUAUAGAGAAAAGAAAACGCCUAAGAGUCUAUGGGGUAGAUUAAGAACUAAAGGGACUUUAGAGAAUUCUUUACUGGUAUGUUUCAUAGGCUGGACUGUUGGUGUAGGUCUAUCUUAUCUCUGGUUCGAGAGUAGAAUAUCACAGUAUCCUGAACUAAGGAGAGUAUUGACGUGGAACGCUGCUAUUCUUGGCUUAGUUCUGAGUACACUUAUCGGAUUUACUAGGAAAGGAAGGUGUCUAGCAGUUCUUUGCAUACCAAAUUUAACAUCGAACGCUAUAAAAACUUGGCUUCUGGCAUAUAUAAUAGCAUUGGUAAUUGGUGGUCCAAUAUUAAAUUGUUCGAACAACAUAAAAAGGGGUGGACAGUCGUUAGCAUGUAUAAAAAAAGUAACGGGAGAAGAGUUGAAUAAUGCUCAACAAAAAGUAUCACGACCGACUGGACCAAUUAAGCAAUUUUGCGGAGCUUCGUCAAUAUUUAGUAAAUUUCUAGAAGAGUACAUUAAAGAUCCUUUUCGUAAAGUUAAAGAAAAAACAGUACGAAUGUUUUGGUUUCACAUAACAAUGGAAUAUCAUUAUAGUUAUACAUUUACAUCGGACAAACAAAUGAUUGUUAUAGCUGACCUAGUGCGAGAUCAGGGUAAGGAAGAGUUGUCUCUUCAAGUAGAAGGAGAAGGAGCUAUUGCUGGUAUUUAUAAGCGAUUAACCCAAUAUCCAGCAACUGCUGAUACUCCUUCGGAGUUUUGGGAUCAAGUUACGAAAUGUAUAUCUGAACCAGUUGAACCCGAUUAUGAAAAUGCAAAAACUAUCUUAUUUUUACAUCUAGUCGUUUUUAUUCUCGUUUUUUACGCUCUUUACUUUUUAAGAUUUAGACACCUGAUCUGCGACUAUUUUUAUCCAGAGAGAGCUCAGAAAAGGGCAGUUUGGUUAUAUAACAAGAUUAUUAGAAGUAGGGUGUGGGGAAACUCUGGAUUAAUAACAUCGGCAAAAAUGGGAUCAGGUGCAGGAUCACAGGUUAAGAGAAAAGUUACUUGUAAACAGAGAUGUAUGGCAUGUUGCCCUGGAAAAUGCGAUUUUCUUUGGAAGUUUCUCAACUGGAGAGGACAGACUUGUUCGAUUUGCGGUGUGGAGGGUCCUUUAGACGACCAAGAGAAAUUUUUCAAAUGCGACAAUAAAGAGUGCGCAUUGGUAUAUUGCGUCGAUUGCGUAACAGCAUUUAAGAACAACUGUAAAGGUUGCGGACAAUACAUCAUCUUUGAUACUGACAGUGACAUGGAUUACGAGGAAGAUUCGACUGAUGAAAGAGAGAAGUUAUCAAAGAUUAAAGGUGAAGAUAUGACGCAAUCGCAGGCUGAGAAUGCCAUUAUAUAUCGAUGGGGUUAUGAUGAAUUAUUGAAUAGGGGCAGGGAAGCGAGGGAUUUGACUAGUAAAUUUAAAGAAGAAUCUGAAACUGACAUUGAAGGAAAUUUGGCUGAAAAUCAUAUUAAUAAAAGAAAGAAUAAGCAACCAAAAGCUACGAAAAGUAUUUUCAAGGGAAUGACGGCUGAAAGGCAGUAUGGGAAAGAAGAGUAUGGUUUGACGCCGGAAAUCGUGGCUUUCUGCCAAGAGAAGGGCUUAGAUCCAGAAUACAUAGACGUGUUAAUAGAAGAAUAUGAAGCAUUAGGUAUAUAUGACAGAUGGCUACAGAGAGGCGGAUUCCGUAGUAAAUUGAAAUGGGCUAAGCGAACUGUAACCGGUGAAAAACCAACUGACAUAUCGUUAGACGAAUUAAAUAAUAGGCUUAUGAAUAGAGUAAUGGAUACCACCAAGCAAAUUAAGAUACUUGAAGUAUAUACAGAUGCUGUUAGAAGAGAGGAAGAGGAUAAAAACAAAAGGAAUCAUUAA